CUGAUGACAACAAGGAAAAGUCAAAUUUAAAGCUAUAGUAUAGUGUUUAGUGUUUUCUCAUAUUAACUAUGACAACUGAACAAAAAUUUAAUGCAGCAGUUAAUGUAAUCAGAAGUUUACCAAAGAAUGGAUCAUAUCAACCUAGUAACGAUUUGAUGUUAAGAUUUUAUGGUUAUUAUAAACAAGCUACAAAUGGUCCCUGUACUGGUUCCCGUCCGGCAUUUUGGGAUCUCGUCGGUAGGGCUAAAUAUGAUGCAUGGAAAAGUCUUGGUGAUAUGUCUAAACAGGAAGCUAUGAAUAAAUAUGUUAACGAACUUCAUACAAUAGUUGAAACUAUGAGUUAUUCAGAUAAAGUCGCCAAUUUCUUAGAAGCUCCUACCAAUGAAUUGGACUCAAUUAAUAUUGACGAUUUAGAGCUAAUAGCUGGAGAUGUUUUGGAGAGGGUGAGAUCACAGCCAAAUUCCCCUUUGGCAUCCAGAGAAGGUUCUCCAAUUCGGUUUGGAUCUAAAAGUGCUAGCUCUACGUCAACUCCUUCUGUCUCUCCUAGUACACCAGAUGAAUCUGAUCACAGUGAUGAUGAAUAUAUUGACACAAUCGAGAAUCCUGUUCCAUUAAGAAAUAACACGUACAAUGAAACCAUCCCAAACGGAUAUGUUAACAAUUCUCAAAGUCAACAUAUUGCGAGGCCAAAAAGUAAAUCAACUUCAAAUAUUGAUAUAUCCCAAGAAAUCACAAAAGCAGUUCAAAGUCUUCGUGUAGAUAUUGAGAAAUUAUCACAAAAAGUCAGUACUUUGGAAUCAUCAAAAACAUCGCUAGUUGCAAGACAAAGGGGAAUGUUCUCAGGAGUAUCGAAACAAUUUUUGGUUUUUGUAAUAAUUUGGCCUUUUAUCACUCACCUUAUUUUAAAUCGAUAUUAUUCUAGACGAAACUAAAGCUUAGUAAAAUAACGAAAGGACACAGACAUCCUACCGAGUAUAUAAUCACAAUGUCUUUGCAGGUUUUCAGAGAUAUUUCAACAGUCAUAAUUUGUGAUGAAUGCCAUACAUGUUUUACCAAUAUUGUUUUGUAUUAUAGUUAUUAUUAACACGUUCACAUUAACAUUUAUUUGUAAGAAAA